UAUUUUAGCCUUUCAAUAUAAAGUAACAAAUGUUUAAUUUUUGUAAUUUUAGUUUUAAUUAUUGCAAGUGAGUUUGAUAUUUAUUAGGAUCAGGAUAAAGAUAGAAUAUGAAGAGCCAUAUAAAAAAGAAGGAAAAUUAUAAACAUACAUCUCGCAAUCUUCCAACAACUAUUGAACACUUAAUAAAAAAUUAAUAUUAUUUUAUUUUAUCCACUCAAAUUAUUUUAUUUUAUAUGUACUCAACUAGCUGAUCUCUGCACACACUGAAAGCUGCCACACUUUUCUCAAUUUUAUGUUAUACACGUUGUAUUACUGCACUCACUUUUAUAAAUAUACAUCACCUACCAUGUAAAUAUACAUCACCUACCAUGCAGUAAUAAUACAGUUUCAUUCUCUCAAGUCUCUCUUGUUCCCUUUUCUCUAUGCCUCUCUAUCAACCUAAAGGAUUCUGUUCUUUUUUGCGUUGCGGUGGAGGCUGCAUUCUUACUUCUUGGGUUGCUGUUUCGAGAGUGUAGUGAGAAUCCUUGUCAAAUAGAAAAUCAGGGUUUUAGGUGGCCAUGAGAGGAGGAAGGAAGAAUUUGAAGAGGGCUAUAGAGGAAAAACAUGUCACGCUUCAAGAUGGGCAAAGCAUCAUGCAGGUGGUGUCUUUACGAGGCUCUAAUAUCAUUGAGGUCGAGGAUGCAUGUGGCAACAAAUCACUAGCUCUUUUCCCUGCCAAAUUUCGGAAAAGCGUGUGGAUUAAACUAGGGAGCUUUGUUGUUGUUGAUGUAACUAGAAAGGAAAAGGCUCUUGAAUCGGGUAGCAAGGUUGCAUGCCUUGUUUCUCAAGUUCUUUUCUACAAUCAAGUUCGAGAACUACAGAAAACUCCUGAAUGGCCUGAAAGUUUUAAAUCUGCAAUGGUUGAUGAAUUAAAUGAAACUUCUGCCUCCCAACAAGAGAAUGAGCUGGAGGACAGUGAUGAUGAUGGACUACCUCCAUUGGAAGCCAAUACAAACAGACUGAGACCUUUCGAGUUGCAAGCCGAUGAAGAUUCAGAGUCUUCAGAUACAGAUGAUUGAAUCAUAUAGUUAGAUUCCCAUCAUAUAUGAAUUAUUAUACUCAAGCUAAAACGGCUACGUAUGUGAAAGGAUGUUCUUGUCCUAUUUUUAUGUGCUGAUGCUAUCGAAGAUUUGCUUUUCA